UUAACGACUUCUUUUUCGUCGAUACCUACCUAGGUUAGGUACUUAAUAAUAGCCUCAACUUUCAAGAAGUUACUUCAUACCUACGGUAUAUUUACAUUCUCCAAAGGUACCUAAUGUAAAUACACGUCUGCUCAAAUAUUAAUACCUUACCCAGCAUAUUUUAGCUCUUAAGACAGACCCCUAUUCACUCACCUUAUUCGGCGAUGGUGGGUAAAGGGGAUUAGACCUCCUAUUCACGGCUUAUCAAAGGCCAGCAGCUAUUGAAGCCAUGUCUCAACAUCAGCCUGCACAGCCUAAGUCAGUCCUUCGAGGACAUCGCACCCAGGUGCAUGUCACUACUUUCGUCAGGAAAACCCAGAGACUAGCAUCUGGAGAUGCAGAUGGAUUCGUGGUACUAUGGGAUCUUACUAUCAUGCGUCCCCGGGCUGUCUGGCGCGCUCACACAAACGCUAUCCUCGGCAUAUCCGACUGGGGAGACGACAAGAUAAUCACACACGGCAGAGACAACCGCUUGGCGGUAUGGAAACUUGGAUUUCAAGAUGAGAUUACCAUGAGCACCGCUCUGCCGCUCGACGAAUCCGCGCCUGAACGACCGCAACCGUGGCUUCUGCAUGUACUUCAUGUGAAUACUAUGAAUUUUUGCUCUUUUGCGUCCUGCCCUACGUCAGAAGAUCCUACUCAGGGCGAGCUCCUUAUUGCCGUACCCAAUACGCUAGAGACAGAGGCUGUUGAUAUUUUCCAACUUCCAAGCCAGAAUCGGCUACACACGGUUAAUCUAGGGGAAAAGACGGAGAAUAAAGGCAUGGUUAUGUCUCUCUGUCUGUUUUGGCGUUUAGGCCAUCUAACUCUUGCUGUUGCCUACGAAUCCGGCCUUGCAGUAGUGGCGCAACUUGGAAGUGAAACGUGGGACAUACUAUACAGAGCACAAGUGCAUAGUCAACCGGUGCUUUCCCUCGAUUUAGAUCCCCUCAAGGACUAUUUCUUGACUUCUGGUGCUGAUGCUAUUAUCGCGAAGCACCCGGUUCCUACCGCGACUUUCCCUAUCCGGGAAUCACAACAUCCGAAGCAGAUGAACAGUAAGAGUGCCGAGGCCUCGAGCGCGUCGCUACUAUCAGCUGCACUUUCAUCAGAGCUGAGGCCCGAGAUACCUCCGAGACAGGAGAAGCCGGUCAUUGAAACGAAACCCCUGAAAACUAUCAAUACUAAACAUUCAGGGCAACAAAGCUUGCGUAUUCGAUCUGAUGGCAAGAUUUUUGCAACUGCAGGAUGGGACUCGAAAGUGCGUGUCUAUUCAGCCAAGACUAUGUCCGAAUUGGCAGUGUUGAAGUGGCACGACGUUGGCUGUUACGCAGUUGCUUUUGCAACGUUGGAUGACGGCCAGAAAUUAGGUUUCCCUAAGCGAGGCACUGCCAAUGUAGAGGCUAACGAGAGAUCCCAAAACGAGGCGGUUACUACCAAUAUCUCUUCUGAUAAUCAAAAGUCUACUAAUGUAGCUGCCUCUAAGUUGACCCAGCUUACAGUUAAGGAUCGACGGAUUAAGAUGGCGAAAGAGGCUCACUGGCUAGCAGCUGGUAGCAAAGAUGGAAAAAUUAGUUUAUGGGAUAUUUACUGACAGCUAACAUUCUUCUUCCAACCGAACUUUACCGCGUCACAAACAAUCUAUGAUUCUGUGUCCCUUGUAUAACUUGCUACGUGAGUGAUCAAUUCCAUUAUUA